UGUUGGCCCUACUAAGCCUGCAGAAGACCGUGCUGAGGGGAGUGAGGGUGUUUCGGAUCUGCAGGAGGUGGUCUCCCUAAAGGAGAGGAUGGCGAAGUACCAGGCAGCUGUUUCCAGGGGUGACUGCCGCAGCUUCUCAGCUAAUCUGAUGGAAGAAUCAGAAAUGUGCACAGUGCCUGGUGGUUUGGCCAAGGUGAAGAAACAAUUUGAGAAGGACAAAAUUUCUUCUUCCUGUAAUACCUUUUCUCAGUACCAGUAUCAACACCAGAACAGAUCCGAGAAGGAGGUAAUCCAUAGCAGUCAGGAAAUGAGAAGAAAUGAUCAAGAAGUUUCCAAAGCACAUGGAAUUGAUGUUCUCCAAACAGAAAUGGUGUCUCAUCUUGAAAAGCACACCGAGGAACUAAAACAAGCUUCUCAGUUUCAACAGUAUGUUCAAGAAACAGUUAUUGAUACACCUGAGGAUGAAGAAGUUCCUAAGGUUUCAACUAAGUUUCUAAAAGAGCAAUUUGAAAAAUCUGCCCAGGAAAAGGUCCUUUAUUCUGACAAAGAGACAACAACCCCUGCCAAGCAGAUGAAGAUUGAUUAUAAAUAUGAAGACUCUAUAAAGCCAUCAUCUGUUGUGGGUUCCUCUUCCUCCUCUUACACUUCAACUAGCCAAAGGAAGGAAACGUCUGCUUCCAGAUAUAGUGAUCACAGUAUCACUUCCUCAACUCUGGCACAAGUUAAUGCCACUCCUUUGGGAAUGAUGGAAGAGUUUCCUCCUCCACCACCUGAUGUACUUCAAACCCCAAUAGAUGUGACAGCAUUUUCCCAGUCCCCUGAAGUCUCCAGCCCUCCUAAGAGACUACCAAUCCCCAAAGAUUUAUAUUCUAAGCAAAGAAAUUUGUAUGAAUUAAACCGCUUAUAUAAACAUAUCCAUCCUGAGUUAAGGAAAAAUUUAGAAAAAGAUUAUAUCAGUGAGGUUUCUGAGAUUGUUACUAGAAGUCAAGUAAACUCAGGGAGCUCAGUUUCAGCAGAUGUGCAGCAUGCUCGGUAUGUUUUUGAAAAUACAAAUGAGAGUUCUCAAAAAGAUCUGAACUCAGAAAGAGAGUGCUUGGAAUGGGAUGAAAUCCUGAAAGGGGAGGUGCAGUCCAUGAGAUGGAUCUUUGAGAAUCAACCAUUAGAUUCUAUCAACCAUGGCUCUCCAGAUGGAGGUGACACUUCCAAGGGCAUCACUGAUCAAGAAAUUAUUGCUGGUGGUGAUGUGAAGUAUACCACAUGGAUGUUUGAAACCCAACCCAUAGAUACACUAGGGGUUCAUUCUUCUGUCACUGAUGUAAAUGUCAAGAAAGUGCCUGAGCUAGCCAGAGGAGAUGUCCACACAGCCCGGUGGAUGUUUGAAACAAGGCCAUUAGACUCCAUGAAUAAAAUGCAUCAAAGUCAAGAUGAAUCGUCAUUAGCAGUUAUUAAGGACAUAACCGGGGGAGAUGUCAAGACUGUGAGAUACAUGUUUGAGACUCAACAUCUGGAUCAACUUGGGCAGCUUCAUUCGGUGGAUGAGGCUAACUUACUGCAACUCAGAUCGGAGCUCAAAGAAAUUAAGGGAAAUGUUAAGAGAAGUAUAAAAUGUUUUGAAACUCAACCAUUAUAUGUUAUUAGAGAUGGUUCAGGUCAAAUGCUAGAAAUUAAAACCGUUCACAGAGAAGAUGUAGAAAAGGGGGAUGUGAGAACAGCACGUUGGAUGUUUGAAACACAGCGCUUAGACACAAUCAACAAGGAUAUCACCGAAAUUAAAGUUGUCAGGGGAAUAUCCAUGGAGGAAAAUGUCAAAGGCGGAGUGAGUAGGGCCAAGUGGUUAUUUGAAACCCAACCUUUGGAAAAAAUCAAAGAAGAGUUAGAAGAGGUCGUCACUGAAAGAGAAACAAUAAUAGGCACAGAUGUGUCCAAAAAGUGUUGGAUGUUUGAAACGCAGCCAUUAGACAUUCUAAAAGAAGUUCCUGAUGCAGAUCCUGUGCCACCUGAAGAGAUCAUAGGGGGCGAUGUACAGACCACCAAGCACCUAUUUGAAACGCUUCCAAUGGAGGCCUUAAAAGACAGUCCUGAUGUCGGAAAGCUUCAAAAAAUCACUGCCUCUGAAGAAGAAAAAGGUGACGUCAGGCUCCAGAAAUGGAUUUUUGAAAACCAACCACUGGAAGAGAUACGAGAAGGUAAAAAAGAGUAUACGCGAACUGUGAAGCUUGAAGAAGUCGACAGAGGAGAUGUCAGGAAUUACACGCACAUCUUUGAAUCAAAUAAUCUAAUGAAACUUGAUGCAUCACAUAAAAUAGAAGUGGAAGGCAUCACGAGGGGUGCCGUGGAGUUAAAUAAAUCUCUUUUUGAGACAACACCACUGUAUGCUAUUCAAGAUCACCUUGGAAAAUACCAUCAAGUCAAGACAGUCCGGCAAGAAGAAAUCCUAAGAGGUGACGUAAGAAGCUGUCGCUGGCUUUUUGAAACAAGGCCCAUUGACCAGUUUGAUGAAAGUCUUCACAAAUUUCAGAUAAUUAGAGGAAUAUCUGCUCAAGAAAUACAGGCUGGAAAUGUGAAAUCUGCUAAAUGGUUGUUUGAAACCCAACCUCUUGAUUCCAUUAAAUAUUUCAGUAAUGUGGAAGAAACAGAAAGUAAAACUGAACAAACUGCAGAGAUUGUUAAGGGUGAUGUCAAAACCUGUAAAUGGCUAUUUGAAACCCAGCCAAUGGAGUCCCUUUAUGAAAAGGUUUCAUCAAUGACUGACAGUGAAGAAAUUCAUAAGGGAGAUGUCAAAACCUGUACUUGGCUCUUUGAAACCCAGCCACUUGAUACCAUAAGAGAUGAUUCUGAAACAACAGUCAAGUUACAGACUGUCAAACAGGAGGAGAUCCAAGGUGGGGAUGUUCGGUCCGCAUGUUUUCUUUUUGAGACAGAAAACCUGGAUAACAUACAAGGAGAGGAGGGCAAAGAAACCAAGCAUAUGGAAAUGGAGAUCCAACCUGGCGAUGUCUCCAGCAUGAGGUAUAAAUUUGAAAACCAAUCCUUAGAUUCUAUAAGUUCCAGUUCAGAGGAAGUUUUGAAAAAAAUCAAAACCCUAAAAAGUGAAGAUAUUCAGAAAGGCAAUGUCUUAAACUGUAGGUGGCUAUUUGAAAACCAACCAAUUGAUAGGAUAAAAGCAAGCCAAGAAGACAGUGGAUCAGUGAAGACAGUGACAGACAUACAAGGUGGGGAUGUAAGAAAAGGGUGCUUCAUUUUUGAGACUUUUUCUUUAGACGAGAUUAAAGAGGAAUCUGACUUUACCAGCACCAAGAAGACGAUUACUGAAGAAGUAAUAAAGAGUGAUGUAAAAAGCUACAGAAUGCUCUUUGAAACCCAGCCUCUGUAUGCAAUUCAGGAUCGAGAAGGUUAUUAUCAUGAAGUGACAACAGUUAAAAAGGAAGAAGUGAUUCAUGGAGAUGUACGAGGAACAAGGUGGCUUUUCGAAACAAGACCAUUAGACUCAAUUAAUGAAUCACAAACUGUGUAUGUGAUUAAAUCGGUCACACAAGAAGACAUUCACAAGGGAGAUGUUAGUUCUGUCAGAUAUAGAUUUGAAACCCAGCCACUGGACCAGAUUUCAGAAGAGGCACAUAAUGUUGUACCCACUGUUGACUGCAUUCAAGGUGGCAAUGUGAAGACGAGUAAGCAGUUCUUUGAGUCUGAAAAUACUGGGAAGAGCAAUUACAUAAGGACAGUGAGUGUCAAUGAAAUACAAAAGGGCAAUGUGAAAACAUCCACUUGGCUAUUUGAAACUCACACAAUAGACGAGCUAAGAGGAGAAGGGUCAGAAUAUGAAAAUAUCAAGACAGUCACCCAGGAAGAUGUGCAGAAAGGUGAUGUUAAGCAGGCAGUGUGGCUCUUUGAAAAUCAAACUUUGGACUCUAUUAAGGAGGCAGAUGAAAGCCCCACCAAAAUGACCAAGGAAGAAAUCCCUCCUUCUGAUGUCAAGACAACUACAUGGCUCUUUGAAACAACACCUCUUCAUGAGUUUAAUGAAAAUAGAAUAGAAAAAGUAGAAAUUAUUGGCAAGAGCAUUAAAGAAACCUUGAGAGAUCUCUACUCUCAAAAAGUAAUCGAGGCUCCUGGAAUUAUCAUUGAAUCGGAUGAAGUGGGAGAUGUCCGGAUGGCAAAAUACAAGCUAAUGAACCAAUCAUCACCCGAGAUACAGAAAGAAGAAAUCGUCAGGGUGGAUCUCAGUAGUAUAAUGAUGAAUUUACUUUCCAAAAGAGACUGUACCAAAAGAGAGAUCUGCAUUAGUGAAGAGGAGAAGGGAAAUGUCAAUUUCACCAAAACUCAAUUAUUAAACAGAUCAACUGAAUUUCAUGCUGAAAAGGAAGAGAUAGUGAGAGGUGAUAUACAGCAAGCGAUAAAAAACCUGUUGUCAGAGGAAAGACCUGCGAAGAGAGGCAUUUUAAUUCAAGAAGAUGAAAGAGGAGAUGUCAACAUGACGAUCUAUUGUCUUCUUCAUGAAAAUGCCAGCGACACAAUCCAGCGUGAGGAAGUCAUAGGAGGUGAUGUGAGGCGUACCAUCCAUAAUCUGUUGUCUUCCUCAUCAAAUAGUGAAAUAUCUGAAAGGGCUAAAAUCGAUGCUUCUGAGAGGGGAAAUGUUCAGUUUUUUACGACGUGCAUAGAAACCGGAGCUUUGGAUUAUCUCAAACAACUCCAGGCAGGGUCUGAUGAAACACUAAUGGCUAAAAAUCCAGUAGAGGAGGAAAUAAUUGGUGGUGAUGUUGAGGGCACAAAACUUUUACUAAAGAGAAGGCAGUCUCAGGUGGAACGCACUGUUAGCGAAGCUGACAUCGUUCCAGGAGAUGUGCACAACACUGUUAAACUGUUUAUGGCAGAGCCUCAAAGUUCCUCUUAUGAGACUCACAAAGAAGGAAUUGCAAAAGAAGAUUUGAAAUCAACCCUGAAUUCCCUCAGCCAGGCCAUCAAAGAGAAAGUAGUGGCUAAAACAGAAGAAACUAUAAAAGGUGACAUGCUAGCCACACUCAGGUCACUUCAGGAGUCAAGCCACCGAUGGAAAGAAUCUCAACAGCCAAGUGCCAUCCCAGGUAAUAUUGAGCAAGCUAUUGAGUGCCUCGAAAAGGCUACUAACACAAGGACAGAAAUCCUGAAAAAGGAGCUUAUUCGAGAUGACCUAGAAAAAUCCCUGAGGUCUUUGAAAGAAGCACAGAGAGGUUUUAAAGAAGUCAACAAAGAGAGAAUAAUCAAAAAAGAUAACCAAGCUGGGAUGGUUGGAUCCUCAGAUAGGCAGGAAACAGAGAUCCAUCAGGUGGCUAUGCAGAGGGACAAGAAAAGUGUUCUUCAGCCAAGGCCAGGAGCAUUUGAGCCGAAAGCCGGCUGGCAAGGGAGGGCAGAUGCUCUCAGUACAAUGAGAGGUGAAUCAUAUCAUGGGACUUUAAUAGAAGAAAGAUCCGAGAUUACUCUCCCAAAGGCCCCAAAAGGCACAGUAAAGAUCGUUAUAGAUCGUGAACAAAACAAUGAUGCUCUUGAGAAAAGCCUCAGAAGACUAUCUAAUUCACACCACCAAGCUAUAACAAAUGUGAUGGAAACAGGCAGCAGAAAGGGUGUCCAGACUGAUGCUACUAAAGAGCAGGAGCUCAGUGACAAGUACAUGAGCAGACAAUUAACUUCCACUGUGUCAAUGAAGGAAAACCUAAAGUCUACAGAUUCAGAGACAGUGAGCAAGCUAAAGAAGGAUGAAGUCCUCAACUCCACCCGAUCAACCGCUGGAUCACUCGAGAAGCAACAGACUCAAACCUGUGAAUUGAAGAAUGAUCAUCAGAAGACUGAGGCUUUCCAUGCAAAGAGUCCUAAAAAGACCCAAAACGUUAAAAUACCCACAGAGGCACAAAGAUCCAAACCUGGUCCCACCCAGCAACCAGGCAACAUGCAAACUGCAGAAAUGUAUGAAGUCACAAGAGACUUUCAGAAGCAAACUGUGUUAAAGCAAGAGAUGCAAUAUUCUAAUAAGGAUAUAAAGAAAAAUAGCAUGAACCUUCAGCCUUUGCCUAAAGAUGAAGACAUAGCGAAUAUAACAGGAGCGAAAGUCUCUGAGAAAAACCACAAUAAAUUCAAGGCAACUGACAAAAAGCAGAAAACUGAUAGUUAUAUGGAAAGCCAGGACUUUCUAAUGAAGACAAAUACUUCCAAAGACUUAAAGAUGGCAAUGGAAAGGUCUCUUAAUCCAAUCAACUUUAACCCUGAGAAUGAUGUAAAAGAAAGUGAGGGCUCCCUUCCUCCUCCAUCUCCACCUCCUCCUCCACUUUCCAAUGCAUCAUCUGAAAUUGAAUUUCCUCUUCCUCCUCCACCUCCUUUAAUACUAUUGCCUGAAAAAAAUGAGUUUCCUCCCUCACUGUCCACAGAGAAGAUAAGGGCUGAAUUUGAAAACUUCCCAGGCCUCCCGCUUCCUCCACCACCAGCAGAUGAGAAAUCUGAAAAAGAAUGUCAAUCAAUAUUUCUCCCACCUCCCUCUCCUCCAGCUCCAUCUCAAAAACCAGUCCAUCUUCUUUCCUCCUCACUUCCAGAAAAGCUCAGUGAAGCAUUCAUACAACAAUAUUCCCAAAAAGAUGUCUUGAGCUCUCAGCAAAUUCAUUCUCAGUCUAAAGUCAUAAAAGGAAAAUCACCACCUCCUACAUUACCCAAGCCCAAAUUUCCCAAGAUAAUUGAAAAUAAAAAGAACCAGCUUUUCCCAAAAGUGGAAGAUUCUUUGUCAGACAUGGAAUAUAAAACUACUCCCUUAAAGCAUCAGAAAAGAGUAGAGACUGCAACUAGCAGUGAAUACACAGAGACAAAGCAGAACACAUGCAGAAAGAGCCUUGAUGAGAGGAAACAGCUCUCUAUUGACUCUGUAAAGUCUCUCUCACGGACAGUUCCUGAAACUUCCACACUCAAGGGAAAGCAGAUGGCACCUCUCAUAAAAUCCCACUCAUUUCCCUCAGGUUCGGAACAACAAAGUCCAAAACCAUAUAUGAGAAAAUUUAAGACACCUUUAAUGAUUGCUGAAGAAAAAUAUAGGCAACAAAGGGAAGAGCUUGAAAAACAGAGAAAAGAGACGUCUUACUGCCACAUUGUAAAAACAGAAAGUCAAAAUGAAGACCUGUCAGAGCUGGAAAAGGAAACACUCUUACGAAAAAGAAAUAAGGAGGUCCCCCUACCCAAAAUGGAUUCAGAGCUUCCUGUGGCCCAACCCAACCCGCACUCUCUAAGUAAUGUUCAAGUUGCAAGAGCGCGCUCUGAUGAUCAGCUUUCAAUGGCAUCAGCAGUGACAGUCUCAGCCACAAGGCUCCAGCCUGCACAAGCAGCCUCAGAAGAGACUAAUGUGAAAAAAGAUGUCUUACAGAGCUCUAGGGAUAUUACACAAUCUAAAUCCACUUGUGAAAUGAACCAGAGUCACCAAGAAUGUACUACACAGCGAACACAGCAGAAGUGCCUGGAGCAGUUGGACUUGCCCCAAAGCAAACCAGGUUCCCCUAGUUUCAAAGCGAAAACCAUCAAACUUCCCACUGUAGAUCACAGGGUGAAAGAAACAGGUGCCAACUAUGAAAGUCACCUAAAGCACUCUCAAGUUGAUGUUCAAGCUAUUACCAAACAGCAGUUUCAGGAAAGUGAGAAAACUGAAGCAAGUACGGAGUACAGUAAUAAGCAAUCUGUGAGUGAAAAAUAUCACCAAUUACCUAAAAAGGAGAAAAGAGUGACAAUUCAACUGCCUACAGGAUUUUCAGAGAAAAACCAUGAAAGAAAGCCCAAGAUUGUUCCUGAGAAACAAAGAGAAUUUAGGGAACCUGUGAGACGAAAUCUUCUAGAGACUGAAGAAAAAAAUCAGGGGGUAUCAAUGAUGCGUUCCAAAGAAGAGAGAUUGAUAGUUGAAGGCAAACAAGAACAUUUGAGUAAUAGGUCAACACCAAAGGCAGUCAAACAGAAGAUUAUUGAUGCACACUGUGAUUCACAGACUCAGAAUUUUCAGCAAACACAAAUACAGACUUCUGAAAGUACAGUUGAACAUAAAAAAUUGUCCCAACAAUGUGAAAGUCUGCAGGAAAAAACAUGCCUCAGAGACAAGGGCAUCCACCAGAAGCAAGUCUCCUCCAAUACUAAAGACUCAAAGCAAGAGAUUACACAGAACAAAUCUUCAUUUUCCUCUGUGAAAGAAUCCCAGCAGGAUAAUGGAAAAUGUGUUGUAAAUAUAUUGGAAUUCUUGAGAAAACGUGAAGAACUUCAACAGAUUUUGUCUAGAGUAAAACAGUUUGAAGCAGAGCCAAAUACAAGUGGCCUUAAAACGUUUCAGACACUGUUAAAUAUUAUUCCAGUAUGGUUGAUAAGUGAAGAAAAAAGACAACAUGGAGUUCACAUUGCCAUGGAGAAUAAUUUCGAAAAAGUCAAAGAAGAAAUAGCACAUAUUAAGACUCAAGCCGAGGAUAUGCUUGUGUACUGUGAAAAUAAAAUUCAGACAGCCAUGAUAACCUCCAAAACAGGAACGCAAGGAAAUAAGAUGACCAGUCUUAAUGAAGCAUCCUCAAAAGCGUCUAAUAUUAAAACCAGCUGUAAUAAAAACAUGGAACAAAAAGAAAAUAAAAUUGUAGAAGAAAAAAUAGUGCACCACCAAGAAGCAACUCAUCAGGAAGCUACUAUUCGUAAUCACACAAAAACCCAUGAGGAAAUUAAGCUGGAUGACAGCAAGAUCUUUCCUCCCUCUUUAAAAACUCGACCACCGUCACCUACUUUUAUCACAAUUGAAUCUAUUGCCCGAAGAACAGAAACCUCAGCUAAGGAUGAGCUUUCUCAGUCCCCUAAAAAGGACAGUUGUGUUGAACCUCCACCAAGAGGGCCAGUGCCACAAUCAUCUGGAAUUCGCAGAGCAAAUACCUCCCCUUCUCCACCCAGGAGUCGCUCUGAACAACUUGUCAAACUCAAAGACACGACGGCAAAGUUAUCCAGAGGAACCAUUCCCUGUCCUCCAGCAACCCCGGUUCCAAUUGUAGAGAAGAGGACUGAAAUCAUCAGGUCCCCAGCAACACUCCGUCGUCAAAUAAAGAUAGAAAGUCGUGACAGAGGCUCUCCACCGACGAUCACAAUACCUGUGCAUGUGAAUCAUGCUGGAGGUGGUUCCUUCAGAGAAUCCAUGGAAGCUCAAGAGGAAGUUAGGAAAGUGGAGAAAAGGGCGACAUAUGUUCAUAAAGAUGGAGUGAAUUCCAUCAAUGGCAUAGGGCCAGACACCGAGAGUUAUGAUGCAGUUGAAAUCAUCCGUAAGGUAGAAGUGCCAUGCCGCUCAGAGCUCAUGCAGAGAUAUGAAGCAAACAAUCGAGCAGUUCAAAUGGCUGAAAAUUUUGUGAAGGACCAUGAAAAUGAAAUAAACAGGUGGUUCAGGGAAUUUGAAGAUGGCCCAAUUUUUGAAGCCAAGUCAGAUAGAAGAGUUUAUGCAAAUGGAGAAGCAAGCCAUAAUAUAAAACAAGAGAGUAGUACAUUUUGUAAGGAGGAAUUUGGAUCAACAUCUUUAGGAAACACUAAUUUUGCAGACUUUUCUUACAAAUAUCCCAUAGAGUUCCAAGAAAAAAUUUCUCUUAAGCAGCCCAAAGUACGCUCUGAAACAAGGUCUAUAAGCGAACAUUUCUCAGGCAUGGAUGCAUUUGAGAGUCAAGCUGUUGGGUCAAAGGUGACAGCUUCAUCUUCACAUAGCUCAGAAGCUGGCAAAUCUGGCUUUGGCUUCAAGCAUGCCCCACCGACCUAUGAAGACGUUAUCGCCGGUCAUAUUUUAGACAUCUCUGAUUCACCUAAAGAACUCAGGAGGAAUUUUCAAAAAACAUGGCAAGAGAGUGAAAGAGUUUUUCAAAGUCUGGGAUAUGCAACAUCAGAUGCUUCUGCGACUGAGACCACCUUCCAGGAGGGAUCUGCAUUUAUAAGUGAAGCUGCUGCUCCAAGACAAGGAAAUAUGUAUACUUUGUCAAAAGACAGUAUAUCCAAUGGAGUGCUUAGUGGCAGACAAGCAGAGUUUUCAUAAGGCCUGCUUCCGAUGCCGCCACUGCAACAGUAA